AUGGCCCCGAAAAAAUUUCCUACGAGACACAUCCAUACCCUAAAGACCCAUAAUGCUCCGGUCAAUGCGGUCACAUUCUCCAGCUCCCCGGGGACAUAUAUUCUCACAGGCUCCUCCGACCGUGCAAUCCACCUCUCGCGAGCAGUUCCAAAUAAUGCUGAAAAUUCAAAUACCGCGGUAGAGACCACCACGCCCAUUCAGCGAUACGAAGCGCAUGGCUACAGCGUCCUCGAUGUGGCCGUUACUUCGGACAAUGCGCGCUUCGCCAGUGUAGGCGGUGACCGCCAGGUCUUCCUUUGGGAUGUCGAGCAGGGUAUUACAACUCGGCGAUGGGGCGGGCAUAACAGCAAGGUCGAGGCAGUUCAGUUUGCUGGCGAUGGAGAUUCUGUCGUUGUCUCUGGGAGUGCCGAUACAACGAUCAAUCUCUGGGAUACGCGCUCGAAUGGCCACAAGCCCAUCCAGACUCUGACCGAAGCCACUGAUACCGUCUCGUGUCUACACGUUCAUAUGCCUACUUAUUCAAUUGCGAGCGGCAGUUACGAUGGUCAUGUGCGCGUCUAUGAUGUGCGCAUGGGACAAACAACCGUUGAUGUUUUGGCACACCCUGUCACGAGCGUCCGCUGCUCGGCGGAUGGUAAUGCGCUGCUCACUUCCACGCUGGAUAGUUAUAUUCGAAUGCUAGAUCGCACGGAUGGGAAACUCCUCGCGGCCUUUGGGGGACCGGCUCAGAAGGAAGAUCAGGCUCCACUUGGUGGUCUCAGUCGGCCUCGACAUGCUUAUCGAAAUACAGAGCUGCGUGUUCGCUCUGUUUUUGCUCAGGGUGAUGGAGUGGUCUUGAGUGGAAGCGAAGCACCCAAGGAUGAUAUCUCUGGUCUUGGUGCUGCCGUUUUUGCCUGGGAUGUUCUGACUGGGGAGAACGUUGCGACGGUUCCGAUGGGGCCGAGGGGGAAGGUCGUUAGUUGUGUUGCGUGGAACGAGAGAGGAUACUGGGCCGGUGGGUGUCCUGAUGGUAUGUUACCCUUGCCCAUGGCUAAGCCAUAUUCCGAAUAA